GCGUGGACGAGUCCGUCCCGUUCGGUGGCAGACCCACACUGCGUGGAUCAUGUCACAGAAGUGUGACCCUCAGCUACAGCGCUGAAUCAUCGCACGUAUAAAGAUUUACAUUAUUUCGCCACAUACAGCACCCAAAAAAACAAAACUUUUACUUUCCUUCCCUUCGGCUUUUUUUCUUUUCCCCCCCCCGCUCCAAAAAAAAAUCCCCAAGAAAAGAGGGAGUUGCUGGUACGACAGAGAGGAGAGCGAGGAAAAUAAAAUCAGAAAUACAUUUUGAUCGGAAAAUUUAAAAAAAAAUAAUAACUUCCGCGGGGAAACAUUUCCUCCAAUGUACGUUUUGGGUACCUGGGCCGAGAUGAAGCCAGAGAUCAGCGCAGCGGUGGGAUUUAUUUGUAAGCUCCUCCAGACAAAGGCGACAGUGGACGAGCGGCAGUUACAGACUUUCUGUCAGUCUCUGCAGGAGCUGCUGGCGGAGCACUAUCAGCACCACUGGUUCCCCGACAAACCCUGCAAGGGCUCCGGGUACCGGUGUAUCCGGAUCAACCACAAAAUGGACCCCAUCAUCUGGAAGGCGGCGAACCGGAUCGGACUGAGCGACCAGCAGGUCUUCCAGCUGCUGCCGAGCGAGCUCACCCUCUGGGUCGACCCUUACGAGGUGUCGUACCGGAUCGGCGAGGACGGCUCGAUCUGCGUGCUGUACGAGGCUCGCCCCGGGGGCCACGGCCACCGCCGCCAUCACCACCACCAUCACCACCACCACCACCGCCUCGGCGUCGGCUCCCCCCCUCUGCCCUCCCUGGACGGCAGUCGGAUCAGCUGCAAGGACGAGCUGCUGCUGGGCCGGACCAGUCCUUCCAAAAACUACAUGAUGACCGUGUCCAGCUAGUGGCAAAAAAACAAAAGGGGAAUUUAUGUUUUUAAAAAAAAACACUUUCAAACUCCCACACCCCCUCUCUUUCUCUUCUCCCUUCCCAGAAAAAAUUCAAAAUCUGCACUGGGAAGAUUGUGUAGUGGGGGGCGGGGGGUAGGUGUUGUUUUGGAUGGGGUGGGAGGGUGGAAAAGAAAGGAAGGCGCCUUUAUUAUUUGGGACCCACACUGGGCUUUGUUUAGGGUCGGUUAUCUCUCUCAAAUGUUAAGGAAGAGAGUAAUGUAGCUCUCACACAGGCUGUGCGGCAUUCAGGGAAAAACAGUCACAUCUCAAAUAUUUCCAGCAAUGUACCAAAUCCAAACCAAAAUUAUAUAUUUUAUAUCUAUAUAUAGGGAUAUUUCUGUAUGGGGAAGCGAAAACUGCCAGCUGUUUAUCGCCUUUUACAUAUUCCUCAAAACAGUAUUUUGACACUUGACAAUUUGUCUUUUAUAUUUAAAAAAAAAGUAAAAUUAAGGAUAUGGUGAUAUAUGUCUUUGAACUGGGUUUAAGCAGCCUUUGUAGAGCUACAAGCACACUGCUCUUUAACAUUUGACUAACCUACUUUGAAAUAGCUAUAUCUGUACAUUGCUAGCCUAGGGUUUUUCUAAAGUGCCGUCUUUCAUUUUUAGCACUGUUCAGUGAAGUGGAUGCGGACUGUAGUUUCUCCUCUACCGUGAUCAGGUAGCUUCACAAAUGUUUGAUUUGUGAAUUCUGUUGACCAUCUCUUGCUAUUUGAUAAAUUAUGAACUGCUGUAAAUUUGUACAGUUCAUGUAUAUUGAUUGUGGCAAAAAUUGUACAGAUUUCUAUUUUGGAAGAGAAAUUUUCUUCUCAAUUAUAAUAAAACAUUUCCUAUCUUGCCAUUUUAACAAGGACAAAA